AUGAAGUUCCUCGCCGCUUACCUGCUCCUCGCCCUCGCUGGCAACGAGUCCCCCUCCGCUUCCGACAUCAAGGAGGUCCUCUCCUCCGUCGGCAUCGACGCUGACUCUGAGCGCCUCGAGAAGGUCGUCGCCGAGCUCCAGGGCAAGAACCUCCAGGAGCUGAUCGCUGAGGGCUCUACCAAGCUCGCCUCCGUUCCCUCCGGUGGUGCUGGUGGUGCCGCUGCCCCCGCCGCUGCUGCUGCUGGUGGUGCCGCCGAGGCCGCUCCCGAGGCCGCCAAGGAGGAGGAGAAGGAGGAGUCCGAUGAGGACAUGGGCUUCGGUCUCUUCGACUAA